AUGAACACGAUAGUGUUUAAACACAGCCAGACAAAACUGAGUUCUCUCAGCAUUGCGGGCAAUUUUACUCAAUGGGAUAUCAAACCUAUGGUUUUCAAUGACCAAGAUCAACAAUGGGAGUUCCAAUUAGACCAGGAUUUAUUGGCCAAAUGCGAAGUCAAGGGUGGAAAGGCUGUGACCCUUUUCAAGUUCAUCGACGACUCAGGUACGUGGUUUACAGACGACAACUUUGCGAAGGAGUCAGAUGAGGUUGGAAACGAAAACAACGCGAUGUAUAUGACACUCGAAGAGAUGGCACCGCAGCAGCAGGAGGAGAGUGUCUUAGGAGGAGGAGAAGGAGGGGGAGUAGAAACCAGCGUAGGAGUGGCAGACGAAGAAGUUUACGAUGAAAACGGCGACGACUACGAUGAGGAAGAGCUUAUAGGCCGCGAAAACGAGCCUUCGAGUCCCGAUCCAACUCCGAUGAAUCCUGUGGCCUCGCAAGAAACGCCAGUUGUCAUCAACGAAUCGGACUUGGAGGACAACUACCACGAAACCCAGGAGCAGAGUUUGGAGCAGAACCGCUACGAUGGGCCUGUGAGUAGAAGCAGACAGGGAUCCGCAGAAACGGACGUUUCUACCAAGGGUGAUCCUAAGGACUACAAUAACCUGCUUCACAGCAUAAUCUUUUUCUUCCGCAGCCUAUUCUACCGAUGGUUCGGCGUAGGAAAGCGAGAACACCAGUGA